UGACCAAUGGUUUUUUGUAUCAUCAUUUAUCCAGUAAAAUAUUUUCAAGUUUUUGAUAUCCUUUUCAAGGGAAACAAAAAUUGUUAUUAUUACUAAUGAAGAAUUAUUAUAGUCAUUAUAGACCAUAUACAUUUUUGCAUUUUCCUUAUCUUCAAACUUCACUUCUGCUCUAUUUUCCUACAGUCAACAUCCUUUACCAAUAAUCGAAUUGAAUGACUUUCAAAAAUAUCACUUAUUGAGAAUAUUGGAAUAAUGAAUUUUCCGCUAUUGAUUUUGGAUGUACAUCUAGACAUUUUGUAGCUGUAACAUCUGAGAACAGGUUACUUAAUCAUCAAACAUGUAGAAUCACUAAUAACUAAUGUGCUAAGCAAGGACACAUUUCACUUUACAAAAUAAGUAGUUUAACGUUUGAUAGAUGAAACUUUAUUGUCAGUGAAAUCCUUUGUACCAAAUUAUAUGUCAUUUAUGUAAAUUUAAGCUCAUUCAAAAAACUAUCAUAAUUGUUAGAAUUGGUGAUAACUAACUAAUUAGUUAACGCACAAGUCAGUAGCAGCCAUAUUUCUUAACGUUAUAAUGUCGUUCAUAAUACUAAAAUAUAAUUCCACUUAAGUGCUCUAAGAGACAUUUAGUUAAAAAGGUGUUUUAUUGUCUAAUAUAUUUUCUGACAUUUAGUUUCCUUUAUGGUAGUUUAACUUCAUUGGUACAAAAGUAAAUACGAUUUAUUCAUUGUUUGUGACAUUUUAAAUCUCCGCCAACGUAUGUUUUAUGACAUUUUCAAUGAGCACUAUCUUGGCAACAAACUACUUAUUACAUAUAACUUUUGGCAGCUUUAGAAUUGAAAAGUAAUUGAUUUAUACUAGAAUUAAUAUUUUUUAUAUGAUAAUAUUAUUUAUUACAAAGCUAGAUAUAAAAAGACAAAAUUGACUGGUUAGUAACGAUAAAUAGUUCCCGAAAAGAUUAGGAUGAAACGACAUUCAAAUGACAACUAGGUUACAGAAAAAAUGGAUUUCGGAUUUCAGUGUUAGUUGCUGCCUGAUUUAUAAAUAUUAUAUUUAAGAUAAUGUCAACAUAAUUCUUACAUAAUGGUGAAGUUUAUUUAGUCAAUAUUAUGAGAGUAAAACAAACAUACAGAUUUAUCUAGCAAUCCACGUUCUUUAGAAUAUAAUUGUGUUUAGUUCAUUUGGAUAAUUACAUAACGUCAUCUCUGACAAAUUGUCUACAGAAGCUCCACAAUAAGGUAAUAAGACAUUUGACAAUUCAGCACAUCUUUCAGACAAAAAUUUAAAUUACUGAUUAUUGUUGGUUUUUGUCCUUACGCUUUUUGCACCUUUAAAUUUCACUUUCGUUCGAUAACUGUCUAAAUAUGACUUCUUACAAUUGAUUGAUUAUUAGGUUGUGAUCACUGUCAUGUGUGUCAGGUAAUUCUUAGUUCAGAUAGAAUUCUAUCGACCAGAAGGGCAUCAGUUCCCUCAAGAUUAUGGAUACAACUUGAUGAGGAGUGCGAGAUAACACGAAACGUAGGUCACAGUUUUCCUGUCGACUACCUUCAACGACCAUCUCAAAAUAUAAUUUCGUACAAACCUGAUGUGAAUUUCCUGAAUUGAUCUAACUUCAACAACAAGUUUGGUCGAAUUCUCCUAAAUAGAGAUAAAUGUUAAAAUUUGUCAUUACGUAAAUUAUAAAGUAUAUUUACUAUCUCCAUUAAAAGAAGUCCAAGGGCACUCAGAAAUAUUUUAAAUCUGAUUUUGGUACAGAUGAUCAUGUUGAGUUUUUCAUUUCAUCCAAAUAGUAACAUUAUUAACAAUGUAGAGAACGGAUCAAAUCCUGUAUUGUCAAUAAAUACUACAGUACUCAUAAAAACAAAUAACCAAUCAUCUAAGUCUGCUAAAUCUAUGGCUAACUCGACCGAUUCACUUGAAUGGGCACGUAUACAGUUUACUAUACUACCUGUUCUAUCCUUACUCAUAGGAUGCAUAGGAAUAAUUGGAAACUGUUUAAAUUUUCUUGUCUUACAUGUUUAUCCAACAUCUCAAGUGACAUUUGGAGGUGAAUGUACAGCACGUGUAAACUUACUUGGUCUAGCAUUGGCUGAUUUUCUUGUUUGUUUAACAUCUUUACCAUUGGGCUAUGUUCAACGACGUUAUACAAGUCACAAUUUUAUGCUUUAUUACACUAUUUAUGGCCCUGGGCUUGUGACAUAUUUCCUAACAGUUAGUGUUUGGAUGGUACUGCUAAUGAGUAUUGUACGCUACCUCGUAGUUUGUCGACCUUUAGCCUCUCGUGCAUGUCUUACAUCACGUCAUAUGUUACAUAUUAUUACUCUGUUAUAUUUGCUGGCAUUGCUUUUUCAUAUUCCAUCAUUUUUAACAUAUACAUAUAGUGAAGAAAAGGUUAGUCAUAAAAGAAUGUUGAAUUCGACAAUCCAACAACCAGAACAACAAACCCACCGAAGGAGUUAUCCAACAAACACAAGCAGAACAAAUUUUAGUAAAACCGAAAAACAUAAUCCAGUGACUAUAUUUGUUAUUGAACGUGAAAUCUGGAAGACUGAGAGUAUACGAAUAGCAUAUACUGUUACUCAAAUAAUCUUGACAAAUAUCGGUCCAUUCAUCGGUGUAGUCAUAACCAAUGUCUCAGUGAUUAGAGCUUGUCGUCAGAGCGACGCAUGCAGAAAAUCAUAUACAUAUGAUUCGCACAAAACAUUUGAUAAAUGUAAUAAUAAUAAUGUGACUCAGGAACACUCCAGUACACAAACAAGACUACAAAAACGUUAUCUUCAUUAUUUUCAAAGAGAUUCGAAUAACACACAUCAACAACAUAUAGGUACUGGUAGCUGGCGUACGAAUUCACAAGGCAAAGCACCAGCUCAGCGUUUACAACAAAGAGCCACAAAUCGUGUCACUCCAUUACUACUUGCGGUUAUCAUAGCAUUUCUACUCUUCACUGCACCAUUCGGUAUUGUACAUUUUGCUUGUCUCCAAGUAAUGAGUGAAAUGGGUUCGCUUGUUCGCCAUGACAGAAAUGCUCGUAUACUAUAUAUGACAUUAAAUUUAACGGUAGAAUGGACUAAUGUAGUUCAAUUGCUGGGAUGCGCAUCGAACUUUUUCCUCUACUUUCUAGUUUCUACAACGUUUCGUCGUACGACUAAACGUCUUUUCCAACGUUUUUAUAGAAAUGUACGUGAAUAUAAAUGUCCAGACAUUUUAAAAAUUCUAUGCUCAGAUUCAAAAGAUUCUUCGUGGAAUUCAGAUACACGAACAAAUGAGCUACGCAGGAAGUUAGCUGAUAAUUUAGAUAAACAAUUUCAUCCUCAAGUCGUUCCAACUUCUAACUGCCAGCAUAACGAAAAUCAAUGUAAACUUGGUCACACUUCCAGCACUAAUAACAAUCAAAUUAUUAUUUACAAUAACAAUAACAGCAAUGAAAAUGAAAAACGGAUUCGGAAUUCAGUAAAACUACAAUUCUGUCGUUUAAAUCGUAAACGUUCAAAGAGUACACAAAGUCAAACACUAAACAUUAAAUCUCCAAACAUCAUUAAUCCUUCGUGUAGUAUAAAUGAUGAUUUUCUUGGUAUACACACAUGUCCGAUGCCAUGCAUCAAUUCGUCAAUUUCAGAUAAAAUAUCUUGCAACUGUAUUGGUUUUCAUGAAGCCCAUUAUAAAUAUCUAAUGAACGCAACCGUUUUGGCUGGUUCUUUAAGAGGGUUAACAAUCUGUCCCGAAUGUGCACAUGUUAUUGGAGGUUAUGCUUCAUUACCAGAAAGUAAAUCAUGUUUAUUAAAACCCUGUAGUAGUACAAGUAGUAAGAAUAAUCCUCAUUGUUUGAAUAACACGACAACAAAUACAUUGGAAACCCUAGGAGUAGUACCACUAGUUUCUGAUGAUCAAAAUAUUUAUAAAGACUAUAGAAAUCUUAACUAUUCGGUAAACAAUGUUAAUAAAAUUACUGUCGAGAACGAUAACGUGAAUGGUGAACAAACAAAUAACUCUUAUACUUUACCUGUUCAAAGUGCAUCAAACUGAAAAUUAGAGUAAAAUUAAAUAAUCAUCAACAUACAUUCACCUUUAGAUUUCUGGGUAUAUUAUACAAAGAGUUUUGUUGCUAAUAUUAGUAAGGCACUAAAUAUAGAAUACCAAUCUAUUUUUCAAGAUUAAACUGUUUUAUUAAUGUUUUUUUUUGAAAAGUGACUGAACUAUUACCACUCUUAAAAGAACCGUUGAAUAAAUAAUGACUUUAACAAACUGAACCAUUUUCUAGGUAUAUACAUAAGUCAUUGUGAAAUUGUAAAACAAACUAUCUGUGCGAGGAAUACUAACUUCGUUACAUCUUCAUCUCAUUUAUUAGCUACGUGUUUAAUUUUGUCAAACUAUUUCCAGGAUACAAACAAAGACGAUGACUUCCUCACCUGUGCUCAAUUCGAAUUUGCAUAAUAAUAAUAAUAAUAAUGACAUUAAUAACAAUAAUAAUAAUAAUAAUAUGUCGUUCCAUUGUAUAUUCUGUAUUAUUCAUAAAUAUAAAAUUAUGAAAAAAGUAUUUC